AUACAUUUUAUUGUUAAAAAAAGUUAGUAGAUGCUAAAACCCUAUAUGGGCUAGUAAAACCCUCACACAUUGGCAUUGGUAUUGAGACAGAAAGAAAGAGAGAUGUUCCGGAGCCGAUUAUCACCAUUUUUGUUGGUGAAGAGUAACCGUAAGGCUCUCUACAACCACCUCACCCAAGCAACAUCAUCUUCGUCUAGAGUUGCAAGGGAGGAGACAUCUAGAUUUUUCUCCACUGGAAUCGUACGGAGAAUUCUGCAUGACUUCCGAUCUUCCCCUAAGGGUCAGUAUGUGCCAUCUUUGAGAAAUGUUUCCACCGUGCACUCUCUUAAUGCAAAAAGUAAUGAAGGACUGAAGCUACUUGUAAAUGGAGGACCUCAUGCUCAGAAAAUGGUUGGGAUAUGGCUCUUUGGCUCUGCUGCUUGGGUGUUUAGUAUGGUCGUACUUGGAGGUGUUACACGACUAACAAGAUCUGGUCUUUCGAUUACUGAUUGGAAGUUCAGUGGUGGGCUCCCGCCUCUAUCUGAUGAGGAAUGGUUACAGGAAUUCGAGAAGUACAAGCUGUCCCCUGAAUAUAAGCGGGUUAAUCGAGGAAUGAGUAUUGAUGAUUUCAAAUUUAUAUACUGGAUGGAAUAUGCUCAUCGUAUGUGGGGAAGAGCUCUUGGUAUCAUGUUUGCUUUGCCAUUUUCAUAUUUUCUUCGAAAGGGAUAUAUUACCGUACGACUUGGACUGAAACUCUCUACUCUUUUUGCCCUUGGUGCUGGGCAGGGUCUGAUUGGAUGGUGGAUGGUUAAAAGUGGUUUAGAGGAACCGCCAACUGAAUAUGCACAGCCUAGAGUAAGCCCGUAUCGGCUUGCAGCUCAUCUCACUUCGGCAUUUGUUAUAUACAGCGGCCUUCUUUGGACAGGUCUCUCGGUGGUAAUGCCUGAACCACCUGCAGAAUCAAUGUCCUGGGUUAAGGGGGCUGCAAAAGUAAAGAGACUUGCUCUUCCUGUCAGCUUACUCGUCGGCAUUACUGCUGUCUCUGGAGCAUUUGUUGCAGGAAAUGAUGCUGGACAUGCCUACAAUACUUUUCCGAAGAUGGGCGACACAUGGAUACCUGAGGAUGUUCUAGAAAUGAAGCCACUUAUUCGCAACUUCUUUGAGAAUACCUCGAUGGUACAGUUUCCUGAAAUCCGUGUGAACCUAUACUCAUCCACUUUAGUUUCAAUCGGCUCAUUAUGGUGGUUAACGAGGAAGGUGGAUCUUCAUCCUGCAGUUCGAUAUUUGAUUGGAAGCAAUGUUGGCAUGGCUGGUCUUCAGGUUACCUUGGGGAUAUCUACCCUUUUGUCAUACGUGCCAGUUUCCCUGGGCAGUGCUCAUCAAGCUGGGGCUUUGACACUAAUGUCACUGAUGAUCCUUCUCAUUCACACUCUGAGGAAGCCAUCACCCGCUCUUCUUAAAUCUCUGCCUAAAGUUGCCAAGACAAUCUAGCUUACCGCACAAAUUUGUGCUGAUGCCUGCCCUUUUGGUUGGUGUUUCUGUUCACGAGUUCCUUCUUAUUUUGUCAUAAGAAAAAUUUGUUUCUUA